UGUGCUACAUGGGGGGGGACACGGCAUCGCCGCAGGGAAUGCGGGAGCGAUGUCUGUGAUCAAAGAAUUUCGUGUGGUGCUGCCCUGCUCAGUGGAGGAGUAUCAUGUGGGCCAGCUAUAUUCUGUUGCAGAAGCCAGCAAGAAUGAGACCGGCGGAGGUGAAGGAAUUGAAGUGUUAAGAAACGAACCCUAUGAGGAAAAUGGGGAGAAGGGGCAAUACACCCACAAAAUCUACCACCUACAAAGUAAAAUUCCACGCAUGUUGCGAAUGGUUGCACCAAAACAUUCCUUAUUGUUCUAUGAGGAAGCUUGGAAUGCAUACCCCUACUGCAGAACAAUUGUUACGAAUGAGUACAUGAAGGACAAUUUCUUGAUUAAAAUUGAGACAUGGCACAAGCCAGACUUGGGGACUACAGAGAAUGUGCAUGAACUGGACCCAGAGACCUGGAAAAAUGUGGAAGUGGUUUAUAUCGACAUCGCAGACCGGAGCCAAGUGGAGUCUUCGGAUUACAAAGCUGACGAGGACCCAGCGUUAUUCAAGUCGGUAAAGACUGGCCGAGGACAGCUGGGGCCCGACUGGAAAAAAGAGCUGGCCAGUGACCCCGAGAGUCCUCGGAUGUGCGCGUACAAGCUCGUGACUGUGAAGUUCAAAUGGUGGGGCCUGCAGAGCAGAAUAGAAAACAUGAUUCACAAGCAAGAGAGGCGGAUCUUCACUAACUUCCACCGUCAGCUUUUCUGCUGGAUCGACAGGUGGGUGGAUCUGACCAUGGACGAUAUCCGACGGAUGGAGGACGAGACAAAGAGGGAGCUUGAUGAGCUCCGACACCAUGGUGAGGUGCGAGGAACGAGUGUUACUGAGGAUUGAGACAACAACCAACUACACGUGAACCACUUCACUCUCUAAAUCACUACAUAUAUAGGCGUUUGCUCCACCAAAUCAUUACAUAUGGGAGUUGGGGGAUUGACUAUAAUCCACCUAAGAUGAAGCUUGCAACAACUAGGACAUACACUAUGUAAAUAAAUGAAUGAUUGGGGUUUGAUUGCAAGAAAAACUUAAUUUUGUAGCUAGGAAACAUGAUAUCGAAUCUCUUUCAGUGAUGGCUGUUUGUAUUCUGCGAACUUCUUCCGAGAUUUUUUCUUUUCUGUUAUUGAUUUUCUCUUCUCCCCAACAAAAUCACCUGUUCUGAAAUCGCUCGAUCCAGCGCAUGAAAUAUUGCUGGUUUUUUUCUCUCUCUCUGGCUGUAGAGAGUUUGAAUUCUUAUCCAGUUGAUCGGAUCAAUGUUUACUCUGCGUGGACCGGUAUUAUUUCAGGGCUGCGGUUUGGCAGAGCCUUUGUAGAUGUAAAUGGGGAUUUAAAAACCUUACCCAGAUCACUGACUAUUCCUGCUGACUGUCUUAUCUCACAGAUUCUGGGAUCCAGUGAGGUUCCAGUGAAGGUAUAUAUACUAUAUAUUGACGAAUGUACACUAUUAAAAGUGGCAGCCUCCAGUUUUCAGGGUGAGCUGCUGAAUUGAAGAUUAAAUAAACUUCACCGUUUCAAUGUG